AUGAUCAUAUCAGAGAAGAAUCGCCGCGAGAUCUCCAAGUACCUCUUCAAAGAGGGAGUUCUCUUCGCGAAGAAGGAUUUCAAUUUGGCGCAGCACCCUUUGGUCGAAGGUGUUCCGAAUCUGCAAGUCAUCAAGUUGAUGCAGAGCUUCAAAUCAAAGGAAUACGUGCGUGAGACAUUCGCUUGGAUGCAUUACUACUGGUUCCUCACAAACGAAGGCAUUGACUUUCUCAGGACUUACCUCAAUCUCCCAUCUGAGAUCGUUCCCGCCACUUUGAAGAAGUCACAGAAGCCUCUUGGCCGACCCAUGGGAGGCCCACCUGGUGACCGUCGUGGCCCUCGUUUUGAGGGAGAGAGGAGGUUUGGUGACAAAGAUGGAUACCGUGGAGGACCAAGAUCAGGUGGAGAGUUUGGUGACAAGAGUGGAGCUCCUGCUGAUUACAACCCUUCCUUCAGGGCUCCUGGAGCUGGUGGAGCUAGGCCGUUUGGUCGUGGAGCUGGUGGCUACGGUGGUGGUGCUGGUCCAGCUGCUGGAUCUGAUCUUCCUUGA